AUGCGUGAGUUGCAGGUCUUUCAUUUUAAGAAUAGUCGUUGGUUUACUUGGCUAUUUCUCAGGCAAGAAUGGGUGGACAUAGCAAUUUUUAAGGGUCAUGUUUAUGUUGUUACAAAAAAUGCUGAAUUAGGGGAAUUGAGGAUAAAAACAACAGACUCCACAAGUGUAGUGUUUAAUUGGCUCAGAGUGAGAAAUACCCCUAAUGUGAAUUACUUUUAUCUUAAGUUGGUUGUUUCAAAUGAUCAACUUUUAAUGGUUGAUUUUGUUCCUAAGGAACAUUUGAAUAUUUACAAGAUGGACUUUGAAGCCAUGAAGUGGGUUAAGGUGGAUGAGUUGGGUGAUCAAGCUUUCUUCUUUGGGAGAGCAUGGGGUUCUGCAAUGAGGAAACCAGGUAGGUGGGGAGGUCAAAGCAACUGCGUGUAUUGUCUUGACACUCUAUCCAACAUGUGCUGCAUAUACUCAAUGGAGGCUCAACUGAUUAGCAAGUUCCCAUUUGUGGAAGAUUCAAUUACUUCUGAAUUAUCCUCAAUUGGUUGGUAUUAUCCACACCAGUGUAUCAAGGUAGAUUAUCUCAAUGAGGAUUAG